GCUGGUUGGGAUAGGCCAUAACAAGCUCCCAGCGAGGCGUCAGGCUGCUCUGGGGAAACACCGAACCGAACCGAGGGGGAAAAAACCCGCUUCUCGUUCACUUUCCCCUCGAGCCGAACGCUGGAAAUCCGCCGAGAAGUCGACGCAAGCGCGGCAGCGGUCGCGUAUUCCGGAUCAAAUGUGGACGUUGACGUCGAUCCGUGCGUAACGAGCGGAGUUGGAAAAAGAAGGUGUUGAGCUGCAUUUUUUUUCUCUCUCUCUCGCUCUCUCUAUCUGUCUCUCUCUCUCUCUCUGCCGGGGACAACUUGGGUCUGAGUCCCGAUCACACCGCGAGCAGACCCCGCAGGAGGAUCCACGAAGCCCCGCUCUCUUCUGGCAUGGCAGACUGGGCCCUGGGCUCUGAGGAUGCUCCAGUGGAUCCGUGCCUGACCAACCACUGAGGACUGACAGGAGUACGCCGUCUGAGCAGAAUGACUCAGCAAGAGGGGGGACCCCCGAAUAGCAAGUGAAGAGAAGUGAGGAUGGGUGCAAAUGGGUCCAGCUAUCCACACUCAUGCUCCCAACGCACGGGGGGGAACGCACAGGCACAGCAGACUUUUAUAGGGACCUCAUCCUACUCUCAGCAGGGGUAUGGCUGGGAGUCAAAGCUAUACAGCCUGGAGCACGGCCAUGAGCGGCCCGCAGACAGGAAGAAGAAGAGCCUCGGUCUAGCUACCCUUAAACGGAGGUUCAUCAAAAGGAGGAAGUCCAGCCGCUCUGCAGAUCAUGCGCGGCAGAUGCGGGAACUUUUGUCAGGAUGGGACGUCCGUGACACAAACGCCCUGGUGGAGGAGUAUGAGGGCACAGCGGCCCUCAAGGAGCUGAGCUUCCAGGCCAGCCUGGCACGUGCUGAGGCUCCCAGCUUGCAGCGGAAUCUCGCCGCCCUUUACCAGCACAAGUACUGCACAGAUGUGGACCUCAUCUUCCAAGGUACUUGCUUCCCAGCUCACCGGGCCAUCCUCGCUGCCCGCUGCCCCUUUUUCAAGAGUCUGCUUUCCUCAUCCCCUGGCUAUGGAGCAGAAGUUCUCAUGGAUGUUGAGACAGCCGGCAUCGAUGUGCCCAUGUUCUCUGCCCUGCUUCACUACCUGUACACUGGGGAGUUUGGAGUGGGGGGAGCCGAGGAUACCAGGCUGCAGAAUGUGGAUGUACUGGUGCAGCUCAGUGAGGAAUUUGGUACGCCCAACUCAUUGGAGGCAGAUAUGAAGGGCUUGUUCGACUACAUGUGUUACUACGAUGCGCUCCUCAGCUUCUCCUCAGACUCUGAGAUGAUAGAGAGCUGCAAUGAGAGAGUCGCUGUGGCUGCAGCACCAACAGCGGGCCCAGCAUGCAGUGGGGGGCCCAGGACCCCAGACGAGGACCUUAGGGCACACAAGGCGAUCCUCUCAGCACGUUCCCCUUUCUUCAGAAACCUUUUGCAGAGACGCAUCCGCACAGGGGAGGAAAUGACGGAGCGCACGUUGCAGACACCAACCCGCAUAGUGCUGGAUGAGUCCAUCAUCCCACGCAAAUAUGUGCAGGUUAUUCUCCACUGCAUGUACACCGAUGUGGUGGAGCUCGGGCUGGUGCUUCGGGGCAGUCCUUCAGCGAGCAGCCUUGGCGAGGUGCAGGCGCUGGUGUCAGGGGGCCGUGGGGCCAGCACCCGAACAGAGGAGGCGAUGGAACUCUACCAUAUCGCUCUAUUCCUGGAGUUCAGUAUGCUGGCUCAAGGCUGCGAGGACAUCGUCGUGGAAAGCUUGUCCCUGGACUCGCUCGUCCCCAUCCUGAAGUGGAGCUCCCAGCCGUACGGCUCCAAGUGGGUCCACAGGCAGGCCAUGCACUUCCUCUGUGAAGAGUUCAGUCAGGUUGUCUCUUCGGAUGUUCUCUACGAGCUUGGUAAAGAGCACCUUCUCAGCGCAAUUCAGUCUGAUUACCUGCAGGCGAGUGAACAGGACAUUCUCAAGUAUGUUGUUAAGUGGGGCGAGCAGCAGCUUAUUAAGAGGAUGGCAGACAGGGAGCCCAACCUGUUGAGCGGCACAGCUCACAGCGUAAACAAGAGGGGAGUGAAGAGAAGAGACCUGGAUGUGGAGGAGCUUAGAGAGAUCCUGUCUCCCCUCUUGCCCUUCAUCCGAACUGAGCACAUCUUACCUCCCAACAGUGACGUCCUCGUCGACGCGCUUAAAAGGGGUUUGAUAAGCACCCCUCCCUCCGACAUGCUGCCCACAGCCGAGGGGGGGAAAGCCAAUGCCUGGCUACGGCAGAAGAGCGCAGGCAUCUACGUGCGUCCGCGCCUCUUCUCUCCUUACGUAGAGGAAGCGAAGUCUGUACUUGAUGAAAUGAUGGUGGAGCAGACGGACCUGGUGCGCUUGCGACUGGUGCGCAUGUCCAACGUCCCCGACACACUCUACAUGGUCAACAACGCCGUGCCUCAGUGCUGUCACAUGAUCAACCACCAGCAAAUGGCAGGGAAUUCAUCAAACGCUCCGUCGGUCGUGGCCAAUGAAAUCCCAGUGCCUCAGCUGCCAGUGGUGAAGGAGAUGAUCCGGAGGCUGCAGGAACUGAGACACACGGAGCAGGUCCAGAGAGCGUACGCCCUCAACUGUGGUGAAGGAGCCACCGUCAGCUAUGAGCUGCAGCUGCGAGUGCUGAGGGAGUUCGGUCUGGCAGACGGAGCCACGGAGUUACUGCAGAACCCGUACAAGUUCUUCCCCGAUGAACGGUUCGGAGACGAGAGUCCAAUCCUUGCUCUGCGCCAGGUGGGUCGUUGUCGAGUAAACAGCAGCCCAGCCAUGGAUAGCAUGUUCACAGAGCUGGAAGGGAUAGCUGGCUUCCACCCACCCCUACCUCCUCCACCUCCCCCGUACCACCCCCCUGCCACACCCAGCCAUGCUCAGCUCAAGGGUGCCUGGCGACCCCGCGUUCCCAUGCCGGCCCCCACCCGUUCCUUCUCCUAUCCCUGCAACCGCACCCUGAUCCAGCGCCAUGCAGCCUCCAAGCAUGGCAGCUCAGAGUACUCCUCUGUGCCCAGGGCCAUGCCCCCAGACUGCACCAACCCGCAGGCCAUGGGCCGAGCUUUGCUUUCAGACCAGCAAGCGAUGAGCAUGGAGCCCGUUAUGAGGGAGUUCAUGCCUGACAUUGCACUGGGUGUCUCCGUCAUGUCCUUGAGGGAGCAGCACAUUGUGGAGAUGGAGAGAGAUAGCCCUCACAGCCCCUCAGGCCACCAUCUGCCCCAUGGGCCCUGCCCCUCUGUCCGCCUCAGCCAUGGCCACGGUCCUGGACAUGGCCACUCCUGCAAGAGACACGCUCCUGAACCCAAGCUGGAGGCUCAAGCCGAGUUCCCUGACCUGUAUGACUUUUCCUGCCGACCUGCGACCCCAACCUCCGCUCACCCUCUGCCCUCCUUUGCAGGACCAGACCUCUACAGCCACAGCUGCACCCCCUCCAGCUCCUAUCCACCUCCUUACAUUUCUGACUCUCAGCCCCAGGGCCACAUGCAAGGACGUUCUGCCGCCGACCCACUUCGACUGGAUGUCCUCAGUAUGACCUCUCAGAGACAUGAUGGAGUCCUCGCCAGUCCCUCUGGGGCCCAGCCCAGGAUGGGUCAUAUUCCCCGGGGGCGAUCAAAUGAGACGGACCUGACUCAUGGUUUGGGUCAUUUACGAUCCCCCAGUGGAAACAUGGACAGCUACGAUGCGAGGCACAUAGGACCUAGAGACGCCCCGGAAGAGAUGGUUCUCGCUGGAGAAUCAUCGGGUCCACUUCAGCAACCUCACAGGAACAGUGUAACCGAGGAGAUCGCCAGAGACCGCAGGUCACCCAGCAAGCCUGACUACCCUUAUAAGAAAUCUGCACUUUAACCCCAGUGGAGGGCUAGGGGUUGAGUUAAGAAAAGGGAAAAAGUAAUGAGUGGCUGUCCAUCAUAGUGGACGGCAAAGCACUAAGCGUGUGCCUGCGUAUACAGUAUGUGUGUGUUUCUGACAGGAGCAGGGGAAAGGUGUGGCCGAUAGUUGCUAUUAAUAGGAUCCGUACUUUUGUCCUACCUCUUUCACAUCGUGCCAUCCAUCACACAGUCAGAAUAUGGCAAGAGCUGUAGGUUAACUGAAACGAUCUCUGUGAGCCUGCUGGGUCAGAGGAUGAGUCAGGCUCUACUGGGAUGAGAUCGAUUGUAAAGAAAGUUUGGCUCUGUGCUGUGUGAAUCCUGCAUGAGAAGGUCACAACACUAGUUGUAGCUCAGUUACGAACCAAUGGUUUAACAAAGACUGCAUUCAUUAGCUCGGCUGUCUCUCGAUUCUUUUCAGGAUUGAAUGGGUAGAUGGCUGGUUUGGAAUCUCAAUUUACACAAGCCAACAAUGGCACAGAGUCUGGGACGAGACUAUUGUGAUAAAAUGAUAUGUAAAUAUGUCCGGCUGUGCUCUUUCCUCCCAUGACUUGCAUUUCCACUUCUUCUUGUAGCAUGCCUAUAGCGACCCACCUGACUAUUUCCCCUCUCCUGGCUACAGUGCUGCAGUGCUGAUGGGUAAUGGGCCAGGGCUUGGUCACACAAAGCAGGAAUUUGAUCCGACAGGAAGUAGGUCAUCAGAGCUUGUCCUUCUCCAGUAACCUAGUCUGAUAAUUGUGUCAGGCUUCAGCUAUCAUAGCCUCGCAGUGUCUAGUUUAGAAGCAGAAGCCUGGUGGUGGGGGGGGCAGGAGGACCACAGACUGGUUCAUUACCGAGAUGCAAUAGAAAAUAUAGGGGUGCCAUGGCAACUGACGUACAUUGAUCAAAUGCUUUGCAGGGGGAUUUUGUCGGUUUUGCAACUGGAGCAGGUGUUUUGUGAGUGCGUGUGUGUGUUUGCCCAAGGAUGUAUCUUUGAUACACACAGGUGUUUAGACAAUCUCAGUACUGUACACUCCCGUAUUUAGUCAGGUCUGUUUGUACAUAUCAGAGAGUCUGAGAUGAUUAACCAUUAGCACAGAGUGGUGGUCGGUGUGAUAGAGCUCCCCGAAGUAUGGAAAAAAAAAAUCAAAUCUAAAGCCUUAACCAGUGCUUGGAAUAGUCCGUUUUUAGCUCUCUUUAUUCAAUUAAGUAUGAUGUCAUUAUAUCGCAAACCCCUGUUAACAGCUUAUAUGACUGUUCUGCUCACUGUGGACGCCUUCACUGCAAAGAUCUGGGUGGCGGAGGUGGAUUUCACUCGAACCUUAAACGCUAAACCCAUGUACAUACAUCAGGCCUCUGUCUCACCACCUCAUGGGACACCUUGGAGCAGCACAGUCAGUGUUGAUACUGUUAAGAAAUACUGUUAUGGAGACGCAGCAGCUGUAGCUCCAACACCCUGCAAGUAAACACACAAAAGCCUGUUACAGCCAGCAGCUGGCACACAACCUCACAUACGCGCAUCGUUGCACUGUAAGAGCCACCUGUUUUAUUAGCUGAAGGGAAAAGGAACAAAUGAAUCUCGAACAAACGGAAUCUUACGUUGAAGAAAAGUUGGCGAUUGCGGGCUCAUAUCUCCAAUGGAUAUUGUAUAUAAUGAACUGAGUUCCACAUGUUCCGAUGGAUUUUUGUAAUGGCUUCUAUCACAUUUUAGUGGUCUUUGAAGGUUUGUGUUUUUACUGUAGUGGACAACACUGUGUGCUUUUGUCUUUUCGUCAUGAAAUCUCACUAAGAAUGUGUGGUAUAAAACAAAAAAGAUUGUGUCUCUGAAUCUAUUUCGUUCUUAAAUGUUCCGCAUCUAGAGCAGUCUGUUCAGUAUCGUAGGUGGUGUGGAUUCCCAUGUUUUGUAGAGAUGUCUUUCUUUUUUUCCUUUUUUUUUUUUCCACUUUUCCUCAACUUCAAAAAAUCACAGGAAUAUGUAGAGGAUCUCAGCUCCCUGCUUAGCAGUAAUGAAGUUGCCGAGCAGGAAAAUAACUUUUCCAUCUAGGUUGCUUCAUGGGGAAAAAAUGCAAAACUCCAGAUUCCUCCCCAUGUUCAUGUUGGGUACUUGUUUUAUUUCCAGGACAAUGUUCCGUUGGAUCAAAGUCCUUGUUUUGCUCUUUGCUGUAGAAAAGUCAGUGCCUUCCCCCGCCUGUGGCUGGGCUUUUAUUGGAGAAGUGACUUUGAUGUCUAUGCAAGCUCUUUUCUACCAGCUUACCAGCCUGCAUCAAAUAGUUCUUUGAAAACUCAUGUAGCUCGUUUUGUGUACAGUGUUAUCUAGCACCUUUUUUUUUUUGGAAAAUGAACCAUCUUUAAUGUGUGACAGCUUGUGUUUGAACUCUAACAGGUACACUGUACUUGUAUGGUUAUCAUAGAAAACAUGUUUGUAGAUUGAUAUUAAGUUGCAUUUAGUUUCACUGAAUCUAUUUUUCUACUGUCGCCUCAAAAGGUGCAUAACAGUGGUCAACUUGGGCAUCCUCAAAAUAAACUGGUUUGAUAUUAA